AUGAAUAUCGAUAUAUGGACACAUGCCAUAGAGAACGACUUCAUUCGUGCUGCUAAGAUCAACGAGCUCCAUGUGGAAGAUCGUCUGAGGAAGAAGAAAGUUGCCAAAGAAGGAUGUUUUGGUCUACAAACUCUGCCAAACAAGCUUUAG